AUGUCGUCUUCAGAUUCAGCAACGCGCUCGCUGUCCGUACUCAGCCUGCGGGCGGCCGAAAUAGCCUCGGCAGCCGCCCAGAAGAAGGCACAGGAAAUAGGCAUUGACUUCAACAUUGCAAUUGUAGACGCCACACUCCAACUCUUGCACUUUGUACGCCAGCCCACAGCAAAACUGACAUCCAUCAACACUGCCAUCGACAAGGCGUUUACGGCGGCUGGACACAAGCAACCUACUUCAGCAUACAAGAGUCCGAAUUUUUUGCCUGGAGGACCGGCAUAUGGAAUCCACAACUCUAAUGGCGGUAGGUUUAUGUUGAUUGGGGGUGGUGUGCCGAUUGUGAUUGAGGGCAGUGUUGUUGGUGCUGUGGGUGUUAGUACGGGGACGCCGAAGCAGGAUGAGGAGGUUGCUAUUGCGGGAGUGAAGGCAGUGGAGGAGUGGGUAAAGAAGAGGCAGGGGCCUAAGUUUAGAUGUCACCCUCGCACCCCCAUCGCAAAAGCAAUGGUCUCGGCCCGCUGGGCAGACCCCCAUUGGAAGGCCCUCUUCGAACCCAGCACCACACCCACCCAAAUAACCUACGACCUCAGCCAACGACUUCCCUGGAAUCUAAUCAACAACCGCACCACUAAGCGCCAUCAAGUCGCCAUAGACGACGCGACCGGUCAAGUAGUUGCUUACAUCAGAUGGAUAUUACCCACGCAUCUCGCUUCCGCAGAUCCAGUGGUAUGGCCAGAAGCACAAGUUGCCGAAGCCACGUCAGAGGAACGUGCAGUGUAUGAAGAAAUGUUCAAGACAGUUUCGGAUGAUGGCAGGGUUAAGGGGAUGAGAAUGGAUUUGCUUGAGUAUCUUAAUACGCCGCUGGAGGAAAUGGAUGCGAAGGUUAAUGAAGGUGGUCCUUUUCUGUGUAAGCUUAUGCAAUAUCAACCAAAUAUUCUCGAAAAAGAUGACGGGCUGACAGUGGGUGGAAAUAGUUNNUUGGAUUACCUGGCCACUACAACAGAGUACCAACGUCACGGCAUAGGAGCAAUGCUGCUUAAAGCUGGUCUCGAAGUGGCUGAUGCGCAUGGUUUAAGGUCGUAUGUGACUUCUUCUGCAGCAGGUGCCAAGCUCUACCAAAAGCAUGGUUACAAGACAGUUGAGACAGUGACAAUGGACUACUCCCACUUUGGAGGCUCGGAGCCUGUGAGCGAUCAUUUUAUGAUUCGAGAGCCUCAACAAUGA